AUGUGGCUCAGCCAGUCCGCUAGUCCAAACUACUCCGGGCAGCAUCUGAACAUCCAAGAAAUUGAGUUGGAACACCCUCAUACCACCAACCACCACCAGCACCUCGUCAAUCCCGCCCUCAGGUGGCUAUUCUCGCUGGCAACUAGGUCAAUUGGAUAUUCCAAUCUGCCUGCCAUGCUUCAACCGCGGUUGCUGCUGCGCAAGUCGCAGCAUAGCGCCCCGUGCAAAUACCUCUCAAUUCAACAAACCAUCUCGCGGUCCUAUGCCACCAUCGUGGAGCCCGUGAAGGUCGACCCAAUCCCAAGUCUGGCAACCACGGCCGGGUUUGCACCUCCACCUUCCACGGAGAAGAGCAGUGCUACCUUUGCAAUGCGGACAUAUAAGCCUCGAACACCCGGUGUACGACAUCUCAAGCGGCCCAUAAACGACCAUCUGUGGAAAGGGCGGCCAUUCCUCCCAUUGACAUUCGCCAAAAAGGGACAUGGGAAGGGAGGUAGAAACAAUAGUGGUCGAGUGACAAUCAGACAUCGAGGUGGUGGACAUAAGAGAAGGAUACGGGUCGUCGAUUUUGCCCGGAUGACACCUGGACCACACACGGUCGAGCGUAUUGAGCAUGAUCCGGGGAGAAGUGCACACAUUGCAUUCUUGAAUGAAGAAGCCACUGGACGGAAAUCCUAUAUCGUUGCUUCUGAGGGUAUGCGGGCUGGCGACGUAGUCCAGAGCUAUCGAGCUGGUAUCCCAAAAGACUUGCUCGACAGCAUGGGAGGAGUUGUAGAUCCGGGUGUGUUGGCAGCAAAGACUGCCUGGCGAGGCAACUGCUUGCCCCUUCACAUGGUCCCUGUUGGAACCAUGGUGUACUGUGUCGGAUCCUCAAAGGAAAGGGGCGCCGUCUUCUGCCGCAGCGCUGGGACUUAUGCUACUAUUAUUUCAAAGGAUGAUAUGGCCAAAGGAGGCAGCAAACACGUCCAGGUCCGUUUACAAAGUGGCGAAAUCCGAAAAGUGAGCAAAGAUGCUUGUGCCACUAUUGGUGUUGCCAGCAAUCCUCACUUUCAGCAUCGACAGCUUGGAAAGGCUGGUCGAAAGCGCUGGCUGAAUAUCCGGCCCACAGUCAGAGGUUUGGCUAUGAACGCCGCCGAUCAUCCUCAUGGUGGUGGACGAGGAAAGUCCAAGGGUAACGUUGAUCCCGUAAGCCCAUGGGGCAUGCCUGCCAAAGGAGGGUACAAGACUCGCAAAACCCGAAACCCAAACAAAUGGGUGGUUACACCUCGAGAGCGCAACCACGGGAAACGGCGAGUCAAGUAG